AAACAAACAAUUCCAUACGAGCCUCUUAUAAUUGUCCUCGAUUUAAUUAAACUAUGUUUUGUAUAUAUUAUGUACAUAACAUAUAUCAUUGUUUGUGCUUGAUUCAUUAUAAUUCGACAGAUUUGUCAAAAAAGUUUGUUUUGGGAGAUGCCACAGAAGAAAGUAAACGUUGUUUUUGUUCUUUAUAUCAAUUGGAAUUUCGGCUCUUUCGUCAAUUUCAAAGCCUUAUACAAAGAGGAUUGAUAUUUCGAUUUUUUCUUUUACUUCAACAGCUUUUUUGUAUUCUCAUGUAAAGGUGAUUUAAAUGAUGACUUGGUUUUUAGUGUGAUUUUCCAGAUUAGGAAAUCGGUUCGGUCAGGAUGUUGUUGAUUGUUGUUGAGUAGAAGACACACAGGCAGAUUCUGGUAGCGACAUGGUAUGGCAUAAAAAUAAGUCAUAGAGAUGAUUUGGAACAAUUCCCAUAAAAUGGUAGACCGAAAUCAAUUUGGUGAACAAAAUAAGAUCGUCCGCACAAGGGACGUGAUUUAUUUUAUCAUAUAUACCCUAGUUAUUUUGCUUCUUUCAUUAAAUGCAAUUUUAAAUAAAAAGAAACUAAUUCAUUGAAAACUAUCAACUUCAGAAAAGUACUGACACUUCGUCAAUUAACCAAUGAUUUCUAUUAAUUGCAACUAGUUUAUGAACAUAAUUGAGAAAGCAAGUUGGUUAUUGAGACAACAAUGGUUGGGGAUUUUUGUAUGAGCCCUCAAGAUACCCUCAAUUAUGUUUUUCUUUUGAACUUUCUUUAGAGAAUAUUUAUUUAUGAUCUUUUCAUAUCUUUGAUCAUAAUGUUCAUCUAGAUGCUUUAAGUUUUAGUAGUUUUCGUAAUACUGUCCAAGCCAUCGGUUGAAGAGCAUUUUUGUUACUUUCAAUACAAUUCUUCCUAGGGACCUAGAUGAACCUAUUUUAUACAUACAUUUGAAGGUAUGUACGAGUAUGUUAAUAAAAUUUGAUUUUUUCACAUUUUUAAGAAACACCAUUGAAAAUAAACUUAAAUUUUGGAAAUCACGUGUAUGACAAAAAUUGAAACAUUUUAAUUUUGCUAGGUGUCUUUCCAGAAGUGUUGUAUGCAUGAAUUAAUUUUAAAGAUCUUUCUGUCAACAAAUCACAAACUUCUGUACACAAAACAGGACUACUUUAUUGUUUAUAUUUUUAAGUAUGAACAUCCUAAUCGUACAAAACAUUAAACAUUAUUUCCAUUUAGCUUCUUACGCACAAAGACUAAAUAAAAAUAUGUUACGUACAUUAAAAUAAAAAAAACAAUUUCAAUUCAGUUUGAAUUGAAGGUACUUGAGAAAAUGAAAUAACAAAAUAAAGUAAAUAAAUUAAAACAUUAAAUUAUUCUAACGAUAGAGAUACAAGACCAACAAAAAAAGUACAUUUCUUUUAUUUUUAGCUUCCAAAUUGAGUAAAGUACAAAAAAUAAAACUUAAACACUUGAAAAACAGUGCCAGACAGAAAAUUAAAAAAAAUUAUAAUAAUACGCAUACGCCACAGUAAACUUCGACUCUUUCUUAACGUGUUCGCACAAUUUUUAUUUAUAUUUAUACUUUCGGGGGCAAGCCGUUAUAUUCAAUGUUAAUAUUUUUGUGUUAUUAUUUAUUUAUUUGUUAUUAUUUUAUAUGAAGAGCACUCGGUGUGGUUAAUAUUUCACAUCAGAUUUCUCUAACGUGAAAAUAAAAUUAGAAUACUUUCGCUUGCUAUUUUCCGCUCUCUCGCUCAUCGCUUAAAACAACAAAUGUUGUGUCUCUGCUACUGUUUCAAAUUAGAUUAAAAGUGUUUCCUCCUUGUGUUGAGCUUUAGGUCAGGAGAGGAAACAAUUUUAUAUUUAAAUGAAAAGGUCAAGAAAUUAGACGAAAAAAAAAUCAAAAUUGUCUUUAGGUUUUUAAUUCAGUACUUUUCAAUUCGUUUUUAAAAAUUGUUGUGUUUUUGCGAAGAAUGGAAAACGCUCCGUAAAAAAAAAGAAAUCUUUUGUGCUUUGUUAGUUGGAUGUGGAUCUUGUUGUUAUCUCUCAGUCUCAGAAUGAUGAUGACGAUGACGAUACUUUCUUCACACAGAUGCAUAUUCGAGAUUUGAGGCUAUGUCAGUGUUUUGCAAAAUUCCAUUCAUAUUUCUUUUGAAUCGAAAAAGCUUGGUACAAGUACGAAAACGCAAGAUUUCGAAUUCAGCAUUUUGUGGUGCUGGUGGUUAAAUAAAAAAGAAAAAAUACGAAAAGUUGACGCACUCUUAAUUACUAAUCAUCAAAUAUUUAGUUAAAAUCAAGCCAUUGUUAAAAUUGGGUGCAAGUUUAAGAAAAUAAAUAUAUAUCCUAUUCUGAAAAUAUAAAUAGACAUUUUAGAGACAAAAAGGCUUAAGCAUUUACAUUAACGAUGACGUCUAGAUCCUCAAACUUUGGUCAUGGAAGUGAAAUGUCAAUCGCCGAAAGUAUAUACUACACCACUGGAGAAAAUUUCCAAAUACGACAAGAAAUUGUUAACGGUGGCGGAGGUGGUGUCAGUGGUGUCGGCGGUGAUGAAUUCCUAUUGAAAAAUACGCUUUACAAUAAUUGUGAUAAUAUUUAUACGGACAUUUUAAUUCAAAUACUCAAUAACAAUACCGAAGACUUACAAUCACAGCCAAUAAUUGCUUCCGAAGAUCUCAUGGAAUUUUUGAUGAAUGCAUUCAAAAUUUCACCCGAAAAACACAAUCAACUACUUAGUAUUGCAAAAUCUCGCAAGGGUCCAACAUUUCAUUUAAACGUUGGUAUAAUAAAAAUUAAGGAUCUUUUGCCUAGAGACAUCAAAGGUGUUUUAGGUUAUUUUAUAAAUCUCUAUAUGGCAUCAAAUGUAGCUAAUCAAUAUCAUACCAUUGUCGAAUAUGUUCCUUCGAAUCCCAGUUGGGAUGAAUUUUUCUUCUUUCCCCUGCGAGGGGAUCCGAAGAAAGAAACUCUGAUUGUUGAAGUCUGUAAAUUACUUAAUCCUGAUCAAGAUAUCCCAUCAAGAAUCAAUUAUUUUGGAGACUUAAAAAAUGUCUUAAGAAAGAUAAGACCACCGUCAGCGCCCAAAUCUUUUAAGGUAAUUGGGAAAACCGAUGUGCCGCUGAAUUCAAUUACCGGAUCGGCGGCCAUAAGAGUUUGGUAUACGUUUAAGAAAGGACUGCGAAAUCCACAGAAACGUGGGUCAAUUUUGAUGCAAUUGGGCAUAAGUGUUGAGAAGGAAAAACGAAUUGUAGCCCAUGAACACGAAGUUUUACUUAUGCGCUUGUUGAAAUACGAACAAGAGAGAUCGACAGAGUCAAUUUUAUGGAAUGGGAAACUUUGCCACGAGGCAGACGCCAUAAUAACACAACAUUACAUUCGCAGCGGGUUAUCAGAAAACGACGACUUCUUCAUGAAAUGGAUAGCCUACACAAUAAUUCAUGAAGAAAGAUAUAUUUCAUUUGGUUUGCUAAGGACUGCUCUACACGAAAUCAUAAAAAUACUUCCGUCCAUAAGUAGCGCUGAAUGCAUUCAGAAUUUCUGGAGCUCCGUUCAAAGAAUCCUGCCAUCGUGCUUCGAAGUUGUGUGGAAAAUUCGAGAGGAUAUUUUCAAAGAAAACCAAGGUAUUGCUAUGCUCAUAGAUGUAUUGGGCAUUUUUCAGCAAAUCGAGUCAUUAGAAAUCCCCGAAUACGUUGAUUUAUUAGUCAACUUGAACUUAGACUGGCUUUAUAAAUCCGAAGAAGAAAAAUCUAUUCAAACAAUCGGACAGGUGCUGAAUGAAUCCAUUCGGAAAUGUACCACAGAAUGGCUGAGUUCAGCUGAAGAGAGCUUCAAAAACGAAUUUAAGGAUCCUGUUCGAGAAGCAACUGAAAUAAUUCAAAAUAUGUGUUUCGACAUGCAUCGUGCCAUAAACUUCCAUCACAAACACUUCAGUGAGAUAGCAAACAUCAAGUACGCAAAUAUUCUCUAUGAAUGUUAUGUUAAAAUUCUAAUCGAAUCCUGUAAGCCUACGAUACUUGAAGCCUGCAAGAACCUUCCUCCUUUGCGAGUGGUCGAUGUGUAUAGUUUUUCCGAGAACUCGAACGAUGGAGAUUUAACGACAACAACAGUUCACAAGCAACUUUUUGAAAUAUUCUUGGGCGUAAAAAGACUGGUAUCACUAGGAAACUGCUUGAGUAGAUCGGAGAACCACCUCGAGUAUCAUGAGUGGUUUACACCGGUAGUGCCCUUUUGGGUAGAAACAGCCAUUCAUAAUGCCCUGAUUGCAAUUAAGAAAUCAAUAGACUUAGACGAAUUUAAGACAAUUGACGAAAGCGUUCACCACAGUUCAUCAGCUUUGGAUACACUGUCGAUAUUCUACCAAAUCAAAAACUUCUGGGAUCAAAUCAACUGGCCCAAUGUUGAAUCAAUGUUCCUCUUUUUUGGCCGAAUUAUAGAUGGAAUUUGUAGAUGCUGCAUCUUCUAUGCCACCAAUAUAUCGGCAAAGCUUUCGAAAUACAACAACACCAAACAUAAUUUAGCUGAUUUUGAAAUAACCAAAGAAUGGUGUGUGGCUACGUGCAACAUUAACGAAAUAACAGAUAAGCUAUCAAGCUUCACGAACCAUGACAUGGGUGCCGAGAGUAUUAUUGAAAAUAUCAGAGACAACCUGAAUGCCCCGGAGGCAGAAAGAUGUUCUAAAACAAUAGCAAAUAUAGUUACCAAUUGCCAGGAUAAUUUAGAGAAUGAAAUAAAAAUUCUCAUCGAACGAAUGGUUGGCGAAAUAGUUUGCAUGAUACAGAAUUUUCUUCAUGCAAAUAUCGACAACUUAGCGAGAGGUGCAAGUUCAUUCGAAGACAUUUUCAUAUUUCUAGACAGAAACCUUUAUGUUCUAAAUUCUGAGCUAGUGGGAAGUACAUUCGAUGCAAUGAUGGAGACUCUCCAUCAAACAUUGUUAGUUAUGUUGUAUAAAAUAGCCCAAAACAGUUUGGAUACCUAUCGACCGCCAUCGUUCUUUGCCAAUCUUCAGGAAGUCAUUAAUAUAAUGACAGUGUGUUUGAAAAACGAAAAGCAACCAUUUUCGGAAAAAACUUCCGCGAUCCUAGGAACUCUUUGUGAAUUUCUCGAAUUACAUGCCUCGAAAACAGAAACAUUAAUCCACAAUUAUUACCAAGAAAUUCUACUCAAGCAAAAGAAUGACUCUUCAACAUCAUCGACAUACGGUCAGCUCACUAUCAAAGCUAAUAUAACGAAUUCAAAUAUGUUAAAUGUAACAAUCUUAAAUGGUAAAAAUCUUCUUCCCGAGAGUUCGAAAAAGAAUGCCAACACAUAUGUCAAAAUGCAUUUUGUACCACCUGACAGAUUUGCCAAAAUACCAACUCAAAAAACGGCCAUCAAAUCGAAAACCAUAUAUCCACUGUACGAUGAAGAGUUUAAAAUCUACCUUUCUACACCUCAGCAACAACAAGAUGAUAAUAUUUUAGUUUUUAUUGUAAAAAUUCAAGAUCUUUUUCGAACUUCGAAUAAAUAUUUAUCCGAAUGUUAUGUUUCCUUUGGGGAAAUAAGAGCAUCUAAUGACAAGCAAUUACAUUUGAACCUUUUUCGACCCGAAUGGGUUGAUGUAAAUUCAGUUAUUAUUUCUGAGUUGGAAUACAGAAAGGUUUUUGAUAAAACUGCUCAGACUUUUAUUAAUAAGCUAAGAGAAAAAAAUUUGUGUAAGCCCUAAAAAAAAUAAAAUUACUUAAAAUUAUGUUUUCAUAACAAUUCGAAUAAUUGAUGUUUGUAAAAUUUGUAUUUUUAAGUAUUUUAUAGUUCAUGUAAUAAUUUUAGAAAUAUUGGAAAUAUUUGUAUUUAAUUAAGCAAAAUAUAAAAAAAUUAAAAUGUUAAGAUUUUGUC